AUGAGUGCGGAGGGAUCUUGUCUUUGUGGAGCUGUUGGGUUCACUGCUCCUACCACACCUAUAGCCACACUUGCCUGCUACUGCUCAGACUGCCGUAAGGGAUCUGGUCACUUGGGACAGAUCUUGGCUAAGUACAAUGAGAGUGAUGUUAAAAUUCACGAUGACAAGAAGGUGCUAAAAGAAUAUAUUGUCACUGCUACUCAGAGCGGAUUUAUUAAGAAGAAACUUUUUUGUGGUGAAUGUGGUUGCACUCUGUUAACUAUACCUACUAAGCACGAGGGUCUUUACAUGGUGAGAUCCACUCUCAUGGAUGAUCCUGAAAUUUGGAGAAACAAUUUCGUUCCUGCCAAAGCUCUUUUUGACGACUCUCGUAAAGCCUAUCUUGCUAAUGUAGACACUCAAAUUGUGUAG